UGAGGGAUUUCAAGGUCAUGGCGCUAAUUCCACUACCUGGUGCUGUAACAUCUGUUACUUUUUGAGGACUAUAUUGGUGGCUAACUCCUGUGGCCUGCGCCACCGUCAUCACCGAUGGUUGAUAUGUGUCUGACGGAUUUUUCAGCUUCCAAAACCCGGAAUGUAGUCCUUCUUAAGUCGGUUGUAUCCGUUGGUGGGUUUCGUAGGAAGUGUUCCUGCAAGGAACCGGGUACUUGCCCUUCGACGAAACGGGAUCUUAUCAAUUCCUUUUGUCCUGUGGCAUCUAGACGAGGGAAUGCCUGGGCGGCCAUUUGUUACGGGGAGUUGAAAUAUUCUAUCGGUCUCUCGCUUGCCUUCACGUCAUAAUUAUGACGUGACAAAAAUUGGAUGGUCGACUGCUGAGAAUUCACGGAUUAAAUCCCUCCAUACGUGCUUUUGUUUAUUACAUCUUGGAAUACAUAUUGAUGGUGAGAGCUGUGAAUGACAAACUACUGACUGCUGAAACACUGGAUGUUGGAUGUUUUUAUUGAGUCACUUUUGUAACAUAUGCCUUUCUGUUGUCUGCCAUGUUGCGACCGUUCACAACAUACGUUUUAAAUUUUUUCGAAUGUCAAACGACGAUAAUAAAACUUGUAUGCUAAUGCGAAGACGUCGCUGUGAUUGGGAUUUUGGCGUUUAUGUUUAUUAUGUUAACUAUUAUUGAUAAUGAAAAUAAAUUUUAAAUGCUACGUCUAUCACUAUUCUCAUUGGCGUGAAUUUGCAAAAUGUUUACCUCGUCUGAGACACUUAGACGAAGUGUCUGAAAAUUUUAUUUUUCAUGUGCCAAAAACAUGACUUAGUUGCAAUUUCGCUUGAAUAAACACCGGAUGUUCUUAAUCAAUGUCAUCCACAUUGGCUCAGAUUUUGCCUUUAUUCUCCGUUUUGUUGUUUGCUUAAAAUUUAUUUGUAAUUUUUAAGUACUGUGGUGUUCUAAAAUGUUUAUUACCAAAAUUGUUUUAAAUUAAUACUUACAAUGCUAUUUCAAAGAGCUGAUGCUGGCGUUCAACCAAUGGAAAGCAAUAAUCAGUAGUUCAAACUUACUUCCUUUUAAAAUAAUGCUAUCUCGCUUUAUUUGAUGCUGCGAAUGUCCCCUUCAUUAACUAUAUCGUAAACUGUAACAAGAUCGUUCUUGUUAAUAAUCUACAUGUUAUUACACGCUGUAAAUAAGUGACAUAAAAUGUAGUCGUCUUAUACUAUUGUUGAAGCCGAACUCGGAAAUACUUCCUUUCGUCUCCGUCCCCAUCAAAGUAACUUUUGUUGUAUAUUCCAGUUUUACUAUCUAGGAUAAAAUCGAUAUUUUUGGCUGGUUAUACACCGACCUAGUUUUCAUUCCUGUCUAAAAAGUAAACAAACUGUAAACUAAAUCAGUUUACUUGUAAGUUUAUGUUGAGUAUCUACUUGGUGAAGGAAGAUUUGUACCUCUUCCGAUUCCUCUGCUGUUAACAAAGGGGAACUGUAAGCUAGCUAAUCCCUCACCAGGUUAUUUUUUACCGAUGAUCUGUUAUAGAUGUUUUUUAAUAACAUCUGUAUCAUAUUGGCUGACGAUUGGGCAACGUUGACUGACAGUUUCGUCAUGUUUACAUUUAUCCCUGACAAUCUAUAAGACUAAGGCUUUUCAAACUAAACUUGGUCAUCCCAAAUUGAACCAUUACCAGGCGUUAGAGCACUGACAAAUAGCGAUGACUCUUCUUUAAUCGAAACUAUUUAUACAACUUUGUAGAGAUAAGACUUAACAUUUGGAGAGGUUAAAGUUUCUAACAGCCUAACUUUGGGAUGUUCCCAGCUUGCAUUUCUGGGACAUCCAAAUUGAUAAAAUCAUGUAGGUGAUUCAGUGUUUGCUCCACCUCGUCGAUGCAAAAAAUGAACAGUAAUAACUCACUCAGCAUUUGGGUUUGUCUUUGUGCAACAGAACGGUGCUUUCAUCAUAAUUUAUUUUAUCCAACUACACUGGUCAAUAACAACGAAGUCUGAUACACAACCAGGAUCGUCUGUAGGGAAAUGAUUAAUAUAUUUGUAACUGAUCGAAAGAGUGCAAAACCACACAUUUGACAGUGGAUCAACUGUCAUCCUAGUCCACGUGGUUUCUGAAAGCGAUGUCUAUUGAACUAUCCGGAUACAUGUAUGAUUUUUUAUUAACGAGCCACCUGGUGGUUACAAAAAGAAUCUUUCAUAACAGGGGCAAUUAUAAUUGCCAACCUUCAAGUGUAGACUGAAGGAGAUUUCUAAAUUAGACGCUAGUAUACUAGUGAAAAAUUUAUAAAAAUGCAUAUUUAACGUACGGAAACUUAUGCUGCAGGGUAAGUAUGACUUAAUGACUGACGAUGCUGACAGCCAUACACUCAUGAAACCUCACUAAUGGUUACCCAGAUAUGCUUAUAGCUAACUACCGAGGACUUAAACAUACCUAUAUCACUGAACGUUGUCAGAUGCGUUAUCAUUGUUAUGUAUGUGAUAUUUUGUCUUCAUUAUAGUGUUGUAGUGUAAAUUAAAAUAUAAAAAGAUGGAGUUUGUUUGUUAUUUAAGAGAAUAUAAUUCAUUCCGUACUUUUGAAGUAUUUUCAUGUAUGCGCUUGUUUACUGUCUGUUAUUUGAAUUGACUCCUGUUGAAAUAACUUUGAGCCCAGACUCUAAGUCAUGGGCUCUAUGUGACCUUAUCAUAUAAAACUCGCAAACCGAUCAAACGGCAAAGUGUUCCUCAAGUUCAUCGGUCAAUGUCAUAGUUUGAAAAAAGCAUUGACAAGUGGGACGUAGAUUGAAAUAACCAAUUAUAGCAUAGAUCGAUAAGUAGGAAUAAAAAGGUAACACUGAAAUGGUUAUGACCUCAGCGAUGAAGAAUUAGUGAAUUUACAUAUAUAUUGGGUUAACAGGUUUCCUGUUAGGUUAGAUUCUAUUAUUUUAAAGAUACUACUCCUCACUCCUGCACCUACGUACAUUACUCGAGUCAAUUAACAGAUUUAUUCGACGGGUUCUUGAUUUGUUCGAUAAACUCUCCCUUAAAGUGCAACCUUGAUUCAUUUCGUUUCACUUCUUGAGUUUAGGCAAUAACUUUGAACAUAUAACGCAUGAUUACUCUUUUCAUUCAAUGAGUAUUGUGUCUCCCUACUAUUGAUGUAAUUGUAACUCUUUUUAGGAAUCAGUGCAUCACUGUGAAUCUAUAUUAAGUUGCUUCAUAUUAAACAGUGGGGUUUUAGAUUCCAUACUUUUUAAGCACCCAAAGUUCCAAGUUAUUUACAGGGUUUAAAUGUGUAAGUUGUCGAAUAGGUUGGUCUGAAGUGACAAGGGAAACGUCUUUCUAUUCAGUUUGUCUGGUAAGGGUAAUAAAUUCAAAAGUUUGGCACCGUUAAAAAACUUUCUAAAAUUAAGAUCGUGUAGGUCAGUCAGCCACUAUGCGGACUAAUGGACUAAGGUUUGAAGAGUACGAAAUAUAUAUAUAUAUUCUUCUAGAGACAAAACCACAACUACAGCAGAGCUGCUACUUACAUAUAUGCAAAAUCAGCGUAACUCGGAGGUACUAUAUUUUGUUACAAAGCCAUGACAUGUUAGGAAGCGGUCAUUUCUUUUGGAUGCAUACAAAAUCCACUAACUGAUAGAUUAGCAUAUUCAGUCAGUCAGUUAACAUAUUACUGAACAACUAAGAAGUCACACUUUUAUUUUGGCUAUUUUCCGGGUUCUGAAUUCAAACAUUUUAAUCUCUUUGUAAAAUCCUUUGGCUGAUGACGAUUUCUGGUAGUAUAAAGUACGUCUAAACUAAAAGAUAAAUGUUAUCAAAGUUAGUACCAGGUCUGAUAAACAAACAGUUCAUCAUGUUAUUAGUAAUUGUUAAUCAAUUACUAUAUUGACCACCAAACCUCCCCAAAGCCUUUGUUAAUUUAAGUUCUAAAGCAUAUCCACCUUUAAGCAUCACAGAGAGAGCAUAUUUGUUCCGAUUUCCAAGAUUUUGAUACCUGAUUUUAAUUAAUACUGAGAAGACAUGUCCAAAGCAUGGUGUCUUAUCAUCUUAAGUGAGCAAUAUAUCUAAUGUAUAUGGUGAAAUAUUGAUAAGCUUGCGUAUAGUUGUUUUUAUGUUGAAUUGCUUUUGAUAGUAAUAUAAUCAUUCAUUGACAUUUGGUUUGACAGUGUUCUCUUUUAGUUAAAUUUUCACUUGCUAAGGCCUUUCUGUUUGUUAAGUUGUAUUGUACGAAAGUGACCAUCUGUCGCGAAUACUUUCUGAAGCUCUUAUUCGUAAACUUUUUGGAUCGAUUAGAUGUAGAUAUUGUAAAGCACUUCUGUUAACUUCGCUUCAUUAUCAAAGUGUAAAUUUUUCAAAAUUAACCCUGAGUUGUAUAAUUUCAUGACGGUUUACUUGACAUUUUUAGAAAAUGAAAAUCGACGACAUAAAAUUUGUUCUUUGUUGGACCAUGAUUGUUCGUCAAUGUGUGAUACAAUGUGAUGUUGCUUAUAUAACCUACUGUCCUUGCAUGGGUCGGCUCGGAAAUCAGAUUGAACAGUUCCUAGGUAUGAUCGCAUUUGCAAUUAAAAUCAAUCGUACUCUUGUUUUGCCUCCAUGGAAUAUUAUGUCAUCUUUAAAGGCUGUAAGUUUUUACAUUUAUUUUAAUAUUCAGAAUUUUGUGCCUUUUGGAAACCUGUUUAACAUCACUACGCUCCUAUCAGUUCAUCAAUUUAUUUCACUGGAAAAUUUUAUGUUGAAUAAAGCUCCUGUCAUCUGGCCAGCAACUAAACGUACAGCGUUAUGCUUUCGACCUAGAUCGGGUCCUUUAUUUAAUGAUUGUAAUGCUAAAAAUGGGAAUCCUUUCAAAGAAUUUUGGGAUAAAUUUAAUGUCAGUUUCACAAGCUCUAGUUUCUAUUUUCCUCUAAGUACAGAUGAUCCAAAAGAGGAGUGGGAUCAGUUAUUUCCUCCAGAAACUUACCCAGUUCUUGCAUUCAUUGGACCACCUUCGUCUUUCCCUGUUCGUCCUGAAAACCGUGUAUUCCAUCGUUAUUUAGAGUGGAAUAGUCAUAUUAAUCUAGCCACUGAGGAUUUUAUAAAUCGAUGGUUAAAUAAACCUGUAGUUGGAGUCCAUUUACGGAAUGGAGGGGAUUUCUUAAAUGCUUGCUCCCAUUUAAAAAGUGGUUUACGUAUCUUGUUCUCAAGCGCUCAGUGUCAUGGUGAUUUUAAUGAACUACCUCCUUACAAAGUAACAGAAGAUAUGUGCAUCCCCUCAAAAGAAUUAGUUCUUCAAACAAUUUCUUACGGUGUUCGUUUAAUUAAAGCAAAAAGUAUAUAUGUAUCUACUGAUAAUGAUCCUAUGUUGUCAUUAAUUCGCCGUCACUUUAGUAAUACAACUGUGAAACGUGUUGUGUGGGAACCUUAUCGAAAACCUGAAGAAGAUUUGUCAUUGUUGGGACGAAUCGAUUUAGCUAUCCUCAAUUGUGUGUCGACUUACUCUGCUGCGGUGAAACGUGAACGGGAUGCAAAGAAUUUACCCAGUAUGUUUUUCGGAUUAACUAUUGAAAAUCAAAGAGGUUUGGAAGUAUUGUGCAAUUCCACAAGUAAAUCUGCCAACUACUGGUGGUCAAAACUGUACAAAAAAUGAGUUCUUAGUGUAUCAUAAAUAUUUGAGUUUUUUUUUAAUUUCUUAGAUUGUAUUAUUCGCUUGUUAACUUCAUUAUCAUUAUAAAACUUGCAUUUAUGUCAUAGUACUCGGUGUGAUUUCUAGGAUUCCUCGUUAAUACGUGACGAGGUGAGAUUCAUAGUGUGGUGUGUUGCUUAUACCGACAUAAAUAAAAUAUGUCGUGAGUCAGGAGUAGAAUAUUUGGCAGCAUAAGAUUGAGAAGACGCAGAAGUGAAGAACAAAAACAGAAAGUAAUUGGUAUGGAAAAGAAGGAACAGUGAAGUCUGAGACGACUGAUUGACAGUUGCAAAGGAACAGUCAAGUUUGAUUGAUAUUUUGCAAAUUAAGUAUUUACAGUUUGCUUCUCAUAUUUUACUGAGGUAUUCUGUAAUUUUGUGUUGAAGUACAUUCGAUUGUUCCCACUAAUGUUCUUAUUCAUUACAAUCGCUUUGCUCGUAUGGUUAUAAAUAAAACAUACAUUCAUGUUUUUGGCAUAAAGUUAUUACAACAUACAUAGAACAUAUAGACCAUCAAUGUAGGUAGUCUAUGUGGUUGGUCUCGGUCUACUCGUGUUGAACGACCUGGAUUACAUCGAGAUCACAUCCUGCGGUUAAUACUUAGCGUGGCUUAUCAUCUCGAGAUACCGUCUUGAACGGACAUGACAUUAUUAAAGAAGUGUAUUAAUAAGAAUAGUUUGGGGGAAUAGUGCAACCACUGCUGCAUCGGUCAGUCAAUGGUGUGUUGCCGAUUAAUGCGCGUUGUCUGACCUUAAGAUAGCUCACUAAACUGUUCAACAUUCAGUUGCUUGCCUGCUGGAUGGUUUGACCAGAGCUAAGCUUACAGAUCAUAUGUAGACGGUAAAUGCAUCAGAGGGGCAGAUAGCACGUACGACCACAAUUGACACCUUUCGAAACUUGAGACUUAAAUCCAGAAGCAGUAUCCUAACAGAUUUCAAACCAGUGCUAGACGGUCAUAAAGCCA